CAAAAACAACAAAAACAAACACAACACAAACAACAACAACAACAACAAACACCACAACAACAAACACACAAACAAAACAACAAAACAAAAACAAAACACAAACAAACAACAAAACAACAAAAACAAAAACAAAAACAAAAACAAAAACAAAAACAAAAACAAAAACAAAAACAAAAACAAAAACAAAAACAAAAACAAACACAAAAACAACAAAAACAAAAACAAAAACAAAAACAAAAACAAACAAACAAAAAACAAAAACAAAAACAAAAACAAAAACAAAAACAAACACAAAAACAAAAACAAAAACCCAAACAAACA